AUGUCGCCAGAUUCUGUUCCAUCGGCAAUGCCUCCAAACAAAGAGUGUGUAGAAGAAGAAGCGGUAUGGAGUGGAUACCAUGAAGACGAACAAGAGGUAUGGAGUAGUCCUUCAAACAAAAAUUGUGGUGAAAUAGAUACUAGCGGAGUUGGGAAGGAGGCAACAGAAAAUUGUGAGGAUAAAGUUGAAGAAUCGAAAGAGGGAAUGACCUUUGACACAUCGGAGGAAGCUUAUUCAUAUUACUCAAGAUAUGCUGAAGGAAAAGGAUUUGCUGUGGCAAAAAGAACAUCAAGAAAGGGAAAAGAUGGAAAGUUGAAGGAUUUAACUAUAGCAUGCAGUCGUGCUGGAAAGACAAGGGUGACAACAAGCAACCCGGCCAAACCACGGCCACAAUCAAAAAUUAAUUGUCAAGCUCAUGUUACCGUUGUGUUGCACCCGAAUGGAAAGUGGAGGUUAAACCGGAUUGCUUUAGUUCACAAUCAUGACCAGAGCUUGGGAAAGGCAAGGUAUUUGAGGAGCAAUAGGAUUGAGGCUGGGGGACCUGGUAAGCUUCCAUAUAUCCAGAAAGAUUGCCGAAAUCAUGUGGAUAAAGUGCGCCGUUCAUUACUUGUGGAAGGAGAUGCUCAGGUGAUGCACAAUUAUUUCAUGAAGAUGAAAGCCGACAAUUCUGACUUCUUUUUUGUAAUGGAUUUGGAUGAUGAGGGUGUGAAUCAUCAUGGCCAGUCUGUUUUAUUGGGAUGCGGGCUCAUCUCUCAUGAAGACACGGAGUCAUUUUCGUGGUUAUUUCAGACUUGGAAGACAUGCAUGUGGGGUUGUGCUCCGAAAGCAAUUAUUACCGACCAAUGUAUGGCAAUGAAGAAUGCUAUAGAAGAUAUAUUUCCUAACACUCGAUAUCGGUGGUGCAUAUGGCAUAUUAUGAAAAAGAUCCCGGAAAAGUUGAAUGGGUGCAACGCAUAUGAGAGUAUUAGUUGGUGUAUGCGUAGGGCAGUUUAUGCUUCACUUACCAUAAAACAAUUUGAGGAUGCUUGGGAUGUGUUCAUCAAGAAAUAUGAGCUUCAAAGUAACACAUGGUUAGAGGAGUUGUAUUUGGAGAGGAAACGGUGGGUGCCUGCUUAUUUGAACGAUGUGUUUUGA